GAUAUUGGAACGCUGCAGUCUGCAAGAAAGCAGAACGAAAAUAUUGCCUCGACAGUAUCAAAUUUGUUGUCAUAACAUUUCGAACGCCUACUUAUAGGAAGUCAAUUUAAAAAUAACUUGUACUUUUUUUCUUAGCUCCAACCAAUUGAUAUUUUGGAAUUAUCAUUCAGUUACUGUUUAUAGUUAUUUCGUGCUACCUAACCACAGUGUCAAGUGCAUAAGAAUAAAAAUUGAAAUAAAAAUUAAAAAUAUGGCAGAAGUUGACUAUCAUACUUAUAGAAAAUACAUGGAAGAUUCUGUAUCAAAUCAUAACGGCAGUUCAGCUGGAGAUGUUCUUUUUACUAUUUUACCCAGUAUAUGCAGUAUUUUAUUAACUUUGACAUUCAUCACUCUAUUUGGAAAACAAUUAAGUUUUCAAGCUAGAAUAGUUGUUGAAUUUUGUGUCACAAUAGUUCCAUGUGUUUUAUGUUGUACUGUUUUACAUGAUAAAGCUAUGGCCAUAUCACAGAUAUUCCUUAUUCUUUCAGCAGCCAAUAUUAUAUCUAUAUUAGCUAAGAAACCAAAGUACUCAUACAAUGCAGCGAAUAGUAUUCCAACAUCUAAUGAAUCUAAAUCUGGCAAAUCUGAUAAGAUAUCUUUUAUCACCAAUUUUAGAGCAUUAGUAAUGGUCAUGACAUCAAUAUGUAUUUUGGCUGUUGACUUUUCUUGUUUCCCAACAGAAUUCAUGAAAACAGAAACUUAUGGAUACAGUUUAAUGGAUGCUGGAGUUGGAUUAUUUAUAGUUGCCAAUGCGUUGACCUCUCCAGAAGCUAGAAAUAUACAGUAUUCUUUAUCACAAGGAGUACCAAAAUAUUUAAAAGAUUGUGUACCAUUGUUAGGUUUAGGUGCAGCUAGAUUUUUUGCUGUUGAAUUUUUGGGAUAUCAAAAACAUGUGAGCGAAUAUGGAGUGCACUGGAAUUUUUUCUUAACUUUAGCAUGUGUUAGACUUUUCACUGGAAUUUUGGCCCAUAAUUUAAUUUACAAAUAUUCAUUGUUAACUGGCUUGUGGAUUCUUGGAAUGCAUGAGUAUGCUUUGAGUACCCAAGGGCUCAAAGAAUGGGUAAUGAGUGAUGAACCAAGAGACAACUUUCUUUCUGCUAAUAGAGAAGGAUGGGUAUCUAUCCCUGGCUAUGUUGGCUUGUACCUAAUUGGAAUUGCCUUGGGAAGAAUGAUCCAUACAUCAUUUCAAUAUUCAGAGAAUCAAUUGAUUUUUAAUAUCAAAUUUCGGGGCUAUGAUUUUCACAUUGGUUAUACAAAAUCAAUGUCUCUAUCUCUAAAACUCUACAUUGUAGCUAAUUUUGCAUUUAUAGCUACGUACUACUGUGAAAAAUACUUUCAAGUAUCAAGAAGAUUAGCUAAUUCUGGAUACUGUGCUUGGGUACUUACUUUAAGUACAUUAAUACUUACAUUUUUAUUAAUGAUAGAAGUUUUGCUUGAAUGUAUUAGUGGCUGUGUAAAAGAUAAGGCCAAAAAAAGGGUAAUAAAGCAAUUAAAACGAGAUGAUUUGAAUGUCAAGGAAGACUGCCACACAAUCAAGACUUUAGCAAUUUUUGAAGCUGUUAAUUAUAAUGGUUUAUUAUUUUUCUUAUUCGUUAAUCUUAUGACUGGUAUGAUUAAUUUAAGUAUAAAAACUAGGUAUGUAACAGAUCCCCAGGCUGUGAGCAUAAUUCUGACUUAUAUGGUCGUUAAUAUAACAUUUGUAAUGUUGCGUUAUAAAACAAAAAAAGUUUUAACCGAUAGGCCAGACUUACCAAAAAAAAUAGUAGAAUAGACUUUGUUUUACAGUUAUAU